ACUACGCAGAUUAGUAAAUAAACCAUUCUCCAUGCAUUUGUAUGCACAGAUUAGUACACUUCUAGUACAUAUUUAUGUAUAUCACAUGUUCAGAGUGGUACUUUCGUUUGGAUUGGUUAAUAAAGAGAAUUAUGUACAGAAUUGUAUCUCUCCAGAAUAAAAACCACUCUCAUUGCACGUAGGCAUUACAGAAACAGCACUUUAUCGGCAAUCAUUUAGAAAAUCUGCAGUAAAAAAAAUUCUUGGAUUUCUUGAAGGCCAAUUUAAAAACUUUGCAUAGUGCAGAGAACCCGGACGCUCUUUCGUGAUCUUUAUUCUCGUGAAUUAUGGAUUUGGUGAGCGAAAAAGUUGUACGUCAGUUUAUCGAAGACGGAUUUGCAGUGAUUCCAGGAUUUUUAUCACCGUCCGAAGUUGCCGAUUUGAAAGCAGCGACUAAUGAAGUUGUUUCAGACUAUUGCAAAGAUUCUCAGAUUUCUAUUUUCAGGAACCAGUCGCGGGACACAUAUUUUGCAGAGAGUGGGGACAAGAUUCGUGGAUUUUAUGAGGAAGGAGCCAUUGACAAGGCUGGUUGUCUGAGGGUGGAGAAAGCCGAAGACGGGCUGAACAAAGUAGGCCACGCACUCCACACCUUCCACCCCACGUUUCGACGCAUCACUUUUAGCUCCAAAGUGAAAGAGGUGUUAAAGAGGCUGACGAGCAUUAAGGAAGCCACCAUCAACCAGAGCAUGGUCAUAUUCAAACAUCCAAAAGUGGGAGGUGUAGUGAUACCGCAUCAAGAUGCAACUUAUCUGUACACUGACCCCACUCCAGGUACUCUUGUAGGAUUUUGGAUUGCUCUAGAUGAGGCUACCAAACUUAACGGAUGUUUGCAUUUCUUUGCUGGAUCGCACAAAGCGAAGAAAGUGUACCAAAGGUUCAUUCGCAAUCAGGAUAAAAGUUCAGAGACCUUGUUUGUCCAUACAGGGGAACCAGUGCCCAAGCUCCCAAGUGGCACCUUGGUACCUGCAACUUGUAAACCAGGUGAUUUGGUUGUUAUUGACGGUCUCGUGAUUCAUCAAAGUGAGCCCAACACAUCGGAUCAACCGAGAAUGGCUUAUACUUUCCAUGUAAUCGAUGGAUCUGUUAGUUAUUCGUCAGAAAACUGGUUGCAACCCACGUCAGCCAAUACUUUUGAAAAGCUUAACGAUGUUGAUGUGCAGGCAUAACAAAAUAUGUAGUAGUACAGAAAUUACAUUGAUUGGAUGGCAUUUUCUUUAAUCUUAGUUCAAUUAUGUGACUUAUUUAAGAUCUUUAUAUGUUAUACAAAAUAGCUACUAAAAAUAUAAAAUCAGUCUGACUGGACUAUAAAUAAAUUCAGACAUAUGCGUCACUUUAAGAUGCUGUGGCUAAAGGGUUAGCGUGAAUUACUACAGACAAUAGUCUAGUAUCUGUUAAGGGUUUGUAAUUUUUAGGAUUUACAGGUAAUUUUUCUAAUUCGUCCAAGGCAUCCAUUCCAUCAAUUACUCUGAAAUAAAUUAAAAUAACAUACAACAAUGUUCACUAUAUAGUACUUAGUAAUAUUGUAAAUAUGCAGUGUAAAUAUAUUAACCUGCCAAAAAUUGUGUACUUGAGAUCUAAAUGUGGUUGCGCAUCGUAUGAAAUAAAAAAUUGUGAUCCAUUA